UUUUGAAGAUCAAUGGGAAUGACCACAGCAGCAAUGGGAAUAUUGAAGCUUAAAUUUGCUCUCCUUAUGCUUUUUUUCGCUCAUUCGGCUGCCACCAACGACCUCAUCACCAAUCACUGCUCCACCUCCGACAACUUCACGGCCGGUAGCACCUUCCAACGUAACGUAAACACCGUCAUCACCUCCCUCACCGCCAAUUCCAUCCCCACCGGCUUCAACACCACCAUCGCCGGCGACUCCGCCAACAGGGUAUACGGGUUGGCACUGUGCAGAGGCGAUCUGACCAGCGAUGAAUGCCAGACUUGUGUCUCGAACUCGUCUGCUCAACUAGCAAAGCGCUGCCCCACCAGCAAGGACGCCGUUAUCUGGUACGAGUACUGUGAGCUCCGCUACUCCAAUGCCAGUUUCUUCGGUGUCGUCGACAUGGGAUCUCGCGUUAAUUGGCACUGGGUGAAUCGCAACGUGACGAACGUAACUCUGUUCAACAACCGGUUGGGACUUCUCUUUGAAAAUCUCACUUCCAUGGCGACGUCGGAUCCAUCGAUGCACAUGUUCGCCACAGGCGUGAUUCCUCUGUCUGAUCUUGAGAAGAUAUACGGGUUGGUGCAGUGCACAAGAGACUUGCAGUUGGAGGAUUGCAAGAGUUGCUUGGACGACGCCGUCGGCUACAUACCAGAGUGCUGCAAUGGCUCGCAGGGUGGUCAGGUUUUGAAGAGGAGUUGCAAUGUCAGGUUCGACACUGCUAAUUUCUUCUUCUCCCGCAGGCCCAGCAAUCCAAGUCCGCCAUCGAAUCCACCUAGUGCUUCUGCGUCUCCAAGUGGAAGUCCACCUCAAGAUUCUUCUAAUUCUACAGAGCAAUCAAACCCACGGAGGAAGCCCUAUGUUAUCCCAAUCUCAAUUUGCAUUCCCCUCGCAUUUCUUGCGAGUGUCGCUGUCUGCAUGAUACGCUACUCGAAGAAUAGAACGCCCCCACAACAAACAGGUCAGAGUGUAAUUCUAACCGUGGAAUCAUUGCUUUUCGACUUCCGUAUCAUAGAAACUGCUACAGACAAUUUCUCAGAAGAAAAUAAACUUGGUGCGGGCGGCUAUGGUCCAGUUUACAAGGCAAAUUCUUGA